GCAUAGAUUAUCGUUUUUUUUUUCAUUGGGAUCGAAUAACGAAAAAUGGCCGCACGCGAUCGCCCACGACGGAUUGUUGGGACCAGUCUGAAGAUGUAUUUUGACUUGCCUCGAACAUCGCAAUACGUCAAGGGCGUCGCAGACCUAGAUCGCGAGGCAAAAGAGCAUGGGGUUGAUUUAUUCGUCAUUCCGGACUUUGUGUCGUUGGCUGCGGCCCAUGACACGCUGAAAGGCACGGAUGUGAUGCUGGGCGCUCAGGACGUAUUUUGGGAGGCCACUGGUGCGUUCACAGGAGAGAUCUCUCCCGUUACUCUACAGCAAGCUGGCGUCAAGAUCGUCGAGAUCGGUCACGCGGAAAGGCGACGGAUCUUUGGAGAGACCGACGAGCAUGUCGCAAAAAAGGCGGCAGCCGCUAUCCGACACAGCAUGAUUCCGCUCAUCUGCAUAGGCGAAAAGACGUUCAGUAAGGUUGCAUCCGAAGCGGUAGGCAUUGCGAUCUCAGAGUGCAAACCGCAGGUGGCGUCUGCUCUGUCGGCUGUGCCUGAUGAAGCUGAAAUUCUCUUGGCUUAUGAGCCGGUCUGGGCUAUCGGGGCGUCUCAACCAGCUGAUCCGGACCACGUCAUCAACGUCGCAAAGGGCUUAAGAGAAAUGACCAAGAACCGCAAAGGGACCACUCGAAUCCUCUACGGUGGCUCCGCAGGACCUGGCACCUUCGAAAGAAUCGCGGAAGCAGUCGAUGGGUUAUUCUUGGGACGGUUUGCUCAUGAUCUAGAGAACUUGAGGAAGGUCAUUGGAGAGAUUGGAAGAGCUUAGAAAGUGUCGGCGUUCUGUUUCCACCGACGCUUCCUGAGUGAAAAAAUGAUAUUCUGAUUUGCAGCGUGCUGGAGGCAUUGGAAGUCUACAUACGAAGGCUAGAGGCCAUUAUCUUGGCAAGCUCACCUACGGUCUAGUCAUUUACAUGCAGGGGGAUCGCGAAAAAAAAUUAACCAUCUUCUCAGGACUUUGACUAGCUUGUGACCUUUCAUCGAGCACGCGCGUGGCCGAACUCACAGAAUUCUGUGUGAUUGGCCCCAGCUGGAGUGGCCUUUCCAACUAUGUUGAACAUGCAGAAGGUCAGGAUAUGAAAGUCACCUUACAUAGCUUUUAGCAAUUGACUAGAGAUGUCGAGAAAUUCGAGUAUCGUUGCGCUUAACUUUCUUGUCUGGUAUUAUAUGAUAAGAGCUAUCACAGGUCCGAAUACGUCAACUUGUGCGGAUUGUAUGACGAAAUUGGC